UCGCUAUUAUAGGUUGAAGAAUCUCGUUACACGUCCCCCUCUGGUUUUCAGCUCUCUUUCUCUCUCUUAGGGUUACAGAUUUUGUUCACGUAUAAGAAAAAGAAAAUGUCACGAAGCACUUCCUCUUCUGUCUUCAAAUCAUCCAUAAUCCCUCCUCUUCAAACAUGGCCUAAUUGAAUUAUUCUAUUUUUUCUGGGCGGUGGCAGUCCUUGAAUGGAAAUGUAUAAUGUUUCUGAUAAGGGGAUUGGUGAAAACAAUCUGAGUCAAGGUGUCGAAUCAAACCCAAAUUUGUUAGCUCCUGUUUUUGGACAAUUCGACACAAUGUACAAUGAAGGAGCCCCUGGUCAGGGCUAUUAUUAUCCUACUGCUUCAAAUUAUGGGUAUUGUUGUACAGGUUUGGCAUCACCCGGAGAAUGGGAGGACCAUUGUAAGAUUUUUGGUGUAGAUGGUCCUGCUUUCCAAUACGUGGGUGCACAAAUUCAAAGUUUGCCUUAUGUAUAUUAUACACCUAGUUAUGAAUAUGCACAGUCUCCAUACAACCCUUAUAUACCUGGUGCAGUAAUGGGAGUCGAUGGCCAAUUUAUAGGGGCCCAACAGUACUACGCCAUGCCUCCUUAUCAAGAUCCUUCAUCAUCAUCUGCUUAUAUUCCUGUUGUUUAUCAACCAGAUAUCAUCCCAAAUAGUUUGCUAGAUCCCUUAUUGGGUAACGUUACAUCUAGUGGUAGUAGACCUGAUGGACGAGGUAUCAAGCAUAACAUUGCAUCAGCAUCUGCAGCCUUCCCUAUAAAUCCUCUGAAAUCGGCUUCAAAUCAGAAAUAUUCCUCGAGUAGGGUAUCUGAAGUGCCUAGAGCUAAAACUAGCAUUGGACCAAGAAAGCAAGCUCUGACAAAUGAAAUUCCAUCUUGUAGUUCUACUAUUGCAGCCUCAUCCUGUGUUCUUCAGGGUAGUAUUGCUUCUGGUUUGAGUCAACAAGUUGAUGGCAUCUGCAAUGGAAAAGUUCUUCCCCAUCAUAACCAGUUUAAAGUUUUCCUACCUGACAGUAAUAACUUUUCUGACCUUGAAUCAAAUGGCCGUGAACGAUCAGUUGUGCAUACAAUCCUUCCAAAAUUAGCAUUCAGCAGAUCUCCAAAUGAAGUGAGUGGAAACACUGAUGCAUGUGCUUUUAGUGAAAAAAAUCGGGGCCCUAGAGCCAAAAAAUCAAAAGAUCAGCUGUCGCUUAAGGCCUAUACAACCAAAGCUGGGAUUAGUGAUGCUCAAGGAAACAUCAUUAUCUAUACUGACCAAUACAAUAAGGAAAAUUUUCUAGUUGACUAUGCAGCUGCUAAAUUUUUUGUAAUCAAAUCAUAUAGUGAAGAUGAUGUUCACAAGAGUAUCAAAUAUGGUGUUUGGUCAUCUACAUCUCAUGGUAACAAGAAGCUUCAGAAGGCCUUUGAUGAUGUGCAGAGAAUAUCUGCUGGGAAGCCUAGAGGAUGCCCUAUCUUCCUAUUCUUUUCUGUUAAUGCAAGCAGUCAAUUCUGUGGUGUUGCAGAGAUGAUUGGUCCUGUUGACUUCUUCAAAGACAUGGAUUUUUGGCAACAAGAUAAAUGGAGUGGGAGCUUCCCUGUCAAGUGGCAUAUUAUCAAAGAUGUGCCAAAUACCUGUUUUAGGCACAUCAUAUUACAGAACAAUGAGAACAAGCCUGUGACUAAUAGCAGAGAUACACAAGAGAUAAUGUUCAAGGAAGGACUGGAGAUGCUGAAGAUGUUCAAAAACCACCCAUUGAAUACCUCUUUAUUUGAUGACUUUAUGUACUAUGAAAAUCGGCAAAAGUUCAUCCAGGAAGAGAAAGCUAGACAGUACAAAAGUUUCAAAGGUCCAACCUUUCUGCCUGCAUUUGGGCUUGACGAGUUAAAUCAUGUUGGUGAGAUUCCUUCAAAGAAAAAUGAGAAAAUUAACGAGGAUAUUGAUCCUAACAGCACAGAAGAAAGUGUAACUUCCGUCACUGAUAAAAUUUCUUCAAAUUCUGAUGUGACCAAUUCAAGUGUUGGUAAUGGAAAUGCGGGGGAAGUUGUAGUUAUAGUGGAAGACAGUAUCAUGCGUACCUUGAGCAUUGAUUCACUUGCUAUAAACUUAAAGCCAGAUGAGUCUAAACCCUUGGAUGAAGCCACAAUCAGUGCUGCUAAAUCUGAUCCGAAUGGUGUCUUUACAGUGGGAUCAAUGCCUAUUAAGGUUAAUGGAUUUGCUGAAUCUUCUGGUAUUUUGAAAAUCGGUUCAAUUCCUCUUGAUCCCAAGGCACUGCAGAGGGACAAAGAAGUCGUACUUGAUCAAUGUAACGGGCUGUGAUAAAUUGAAAUAUUUGCUUAGGGUUAUCUUGAUUUAUGCAAUGCAUUGAUGUCUUUGGUGUUUUGUUUUUUCGGUUCAAGGAGGCCUUUUGCUUGCUUCUGCAAGUAAACUGGAAUCACAGUGUAAAAGUUUACAUUUCAUUUCUUGUUCUAUCAUUGUGUUCAAGGAAAAAGAUAUGCAAAUACAAUGUCAUGUCUGUCAGAUUUGAUAUGAAAAGAAGAAUUGUUGAUGAGA